GUUCCGCGUGAAACCGUUGUUACAGAAGCCGAUGCAACUAUUUUGCAUUUUUAUCUUAAAAAGAUACCCCAAGGGAUGCACAGUUGCAGAUUCUCUGAAGUAAUAGCUGAUAUGAACAACGGAUAAUGUAAAAGGUGACAUGAGAGGAUGAAUGAUUCAGAAUUUUUAUCCAUACCAAAUGAGGACAUCCCAGUACAUAGCACACCUAUCAAGUCAUCCAUUCCACCAUUUUCCACACGCAAGAGAGCACAAAGCAGCAGACUAGCCAUAGAGGCUGAGAAUGGGAGAGGCCCCUGUGCUCCAAAGAACAACUUCCCUCAGGGUCUAGAACCACAUUAUUUGGGUCAUAGAGCUGAACUGUCAAGUGAGUCCAGAGCUCUUAAGAAAGCCCAAGCAAUGCCCUCAACAAUCAGGGAUAUAAACACUAUACCAUAUUCUGAAAGAGUUUCUCAGACAGUUCCACAACCAGCACUCGGCACCAUGGGAGAAAAUGCUGGUUCAUCUUAUGGUAAAAAUUUGUAUCGAGACACUUCCCCAACAGGAUCCCCUAGAAGAGUGGAUCAGCUACGACAUGAGGAGAGAGGUGGACAAAAGGGACACAACUCCUCUGUACCUAGAAGCAGUGGAACUAGUGAAGUAGAAGCAAGAGCAAGAUAUUCACCGAAGGGUGUAGCAAAUUCUGAUGGAAUCCCAUAUUCCUCAACAACAAAGGAAACCUCUAGCACUUUGGAAACAAAACAGCACCUACUUUCAACCUCCAAUCAAAGAAAAGACAGUUCACAUAGCAAAUCCUUUACAAGAUCUGGAGAGAAUCACAAUAGCACAGUCUACAAGCAGAGAAAUGAAAUACAGCUGUUAGUUAGUGAGUUACAGGACAGGGACAGGGAACUGAAUGAAAUGAUGCUGGCACAUCAGCAGCAGCUCGUGGCCUGGGAACAAGAUAGACACAGGAUCCUUGUACUGGAGCAGAAGCUGGCAAAGGCAGAAGAUGAAACACAACACCGUACAAAACAGCUGCGAAUGGCAAUAACAAAACUGAAAACCCUACGCAAUGAGAGUACAUGUCAAAACACGACAUUAGAAACAACACAGGAACAACUAACAAAGCUGUGUCAGGAAAAUGACUACAGGAGCAUCCAUAUUAAGGAAUUAGAGGAAAAAUACAAGAGUCAAGUGGAGAAAAUUAAAGAAAUGUCUUCUACCAUUGGAAAAUUAGAGGGACGUGAGCAAGAACUGUGCACUGCACUCAGGCUGAAGGAAAAAGAUAUGGUUUCUGCUACAACCCAGAUGAGAGAGCUAGGAGAGCGUCUGAAACAGUUAGAUCUACGAAACAAGCAGUGUAUAGAUAGAGAAACAGACGCAACAAAACAGUCCACACUCUGGAAAGAGAGAUAUCACCAGGUCAAAGAAGAACUUGAAAAAACUAAAGGUUUGUUGGAGAAGAAAGAACUUGACCUUCAGGAGCAUGUGGCGUCUGCAACAAACAUUCGCCAACAGCUAAGCCUAGUGCAGGAAGAGUUCAGCCAAAGAGAGAAAUGCAAGGACAAUUUGAUUGAAUCUCUGAGAGGAAAGCAAUCCAGAACAGAUCAUCAGCUUAGACAACUAAGGGAACUGUAUGAGAGACAACAAAGACAGGUUGGGUUGUUACAACUAAACCUGGACAGUACAAGGGAGACCAUCCACAAACAGCAGAGCAGCCUUGAGGAAAUUAGCAACUCAACAAAAAACUGCAGUAAUUGUAGUAAGCUUUCUUCAGACUUCAAAUAUUCUCCAGAAAAAGAUGUUGAAGUGGUAGAGAGUUCUAAGGGGGCAUCUCAUUCCAAGAAUUUGUUUCAUGCGCCUGUUAAAAGUGAAACAACAGAGAAUAAGACAGACCAUUACUUAAACAGUAUUAGGGAGAGAACAACAGGAGAUGGGGUCAGUUUUGUGAAUAAAAGUUCUGAAUGGAUUGACAGCAUUAAGAAGUCUCAGGGUUGCAGCUAUGGAGACUGGCCAGAAGAGGAUGAAGGACCAAAUCUGAUUGACUUCUCCUGGGAUAUCAAACCCGAUGAGAUGGAUAGAUAUUCUAAGCCCCUGUCUCCUGUCAAGUGGAAAAAUACAGUUUCAGAUCAGAAAAAUGUCUUUUCUAAGAGAACAAUGGAGAAAUCCUCUGUAGUGAGUUCAUUGGACACUGACCAGCUUAAUCGCUCAAUAUCGCCAGUUCUUCAUGCUCAGCGCUCACGUUCAUUGAGCCCUAAACCAAUGAGCAGACAAACUCAUCAGGGUGCAUGCGAAAGCAAUUUUAAACACUACAGUAUUGAAAGUUCACAAAAAACUCACAGCACUUCUCCUAGCCGGCGGACUGUUGACUAUCAGUUUGAGAAAGCUAAUGACUAUGACCUACAACAAAGAAAUGGUGCUUUAUCAUUGACCGUUGAUGACAAUAGAGUGACCUUUGAUGACCAACUGUCUGUAUUUCUGGAUGAUGAAGAUGGAAGAAAUAAACCCUCAAACUGGGACAGAGCUUCUAGGGAGACUGAGACUUCAUCAGAAACAAAGUUACACAUGUUGUUAGUUGAAUCCAGAAAAAUGGCAGAUAAUUUAAGUAAUCAAAAAAGUGCUCCAGAUGAGUUAAUGCAGGUUUUAGAUAAUGGGGAAGGAAAGGUUGAUCUACAGAUCCGGAAUGUUAACACCAAAGAAGAUUAGACCUGGUUCCAAAACAACGCACAAAGCUUUCAUCUACUGCAACCUGCAGAAAGUUGACAGUGUAUUUAAUCUCAUUUUGCUCACAGUAAUACAAAUUAGACAAUUUCCUACUUUAACAAGAUAACAUACAACUUUUUAAACGUAAGAGUACAUGCACAUGUUAACAUCAUUAUUUUUUAAAAACCUUGUGGUUUUGGAGCCAUUAAAAGGGGAAACAUCAUUUUAAUGAAACAUUUGUCUUUUUUCUCCCACAAUAGAUGCACCUUUCACAUAGAUAAGUAAUACAGUGUUUACCCCAAAGGCCAUAUACUUGUACUUAUUAGUUAUGUCAGCAUUGCAUUAUUGAUUGAUAUAGUUGAUCAAGAUCAAGACAGAAAAGAUAUUCAAACAUGCAGAUACCCUUUUUUGAACAAGAAGCGGUAAAAAUCUGUAUUUUCAUUACAUAGAUGCAUAUAGUUUUUGGUUGAAAAACAUGAUUAUUUUAUUUACAUUAGAAUUUUAAUAGAUAUUACCAAAGCACAAAUCUUUUGAUUAGUAUUUCCAUAAACCUUUCUCUAAAUACUGCAUUAUUUGUUAAGUAAUUCUUGGUUUUAUUUGUGUUAUACAACUUGUGGUUGGGUGACACUGUAAUAUAGUGCGCACAGCCUGUACCGGUAUGUUACACUUACCAUAAUUGUUCCUUUUGUUAUCUUCUGAAUUCAUUUGUUAAUAUUGUUGCUUUUUUGAAAUUAUGGGAAGCAUGAAUUCCCCUGCUUUUCCUCAUCAGUCUAUUUCUCUAGACCUCUUUGGAACAUUUAACAGGUAUAAAAUCCAGACAAUGAUGGCUUUGUGAAAUCAAUUUGUUGCAAAAUAUACAAAAUCUUACCAUAGUUAACCGUAAAACAGUCAAAAUAUUGUUCCUGUCCUUAUAAAAUGAAGCCAAAGGCUUAAUACAUGUAAAAGUUUUCAAUAAAUUGGGAGCAGGUAGGCCGAAACACUCUUGGCUAGCAAAGGGUCAAAUAAAAAAACAAACAUUUAUAUAUACAACUUUUGAGAGGAAUUCAAAGGCAAAUAAAAAAAAUGAGAGCAUUGAUUUUGCCAUUUCAUACAGUGACCUAUGAUUAAAAGUAAUUGAAGACUAUUGUGUUACCUGGUUCCAUAUGUAAUUGACCAGAUAGAGUAAAAAAGACACCAAAUGCUAUAUCAUUUAACGAGGCCGGGUCUAAUUAGUUCUGCCCUAGAUUUUUUAAUGAAAUUUUUUACAUGAAUUUCUACUGAAAUAAUUAUUAUUUUAAGAUUAAAAAAUAAGACAUUUACCACACCGUUUGUUUAGGGGGUCAUCUCAAAUUUUGCUAAUCUUUAACAUAGGACCCUAUGGGAUUUCGCUUGAAAUGUAUCAAUUUUGCACAUUUUUUUAAACUUCUGCCCUAGGGAUUUCUUUUUCUGUUCUAUCUAUUAAAGUUAUUGCUAAAAGGCAUCAAAUGGUCAAAUAAAAAAAACCUUUUACCUCCUGGUUUGUUCCAGGGGUCUUAUCAAAGUUGAUUUUUGUAUGCCCAAUUUCCCAGAUUUGUCAGAUAAUGGCUAUUUUUUAUUUGACAAAGGCGGAAAAGCUGAUCUAUAUAGUAUUAGUAAAGCAUUCAGGCAUAUUUAAGUAAUAAAAAAAUAUAUAACAUCACAUAUUAAGGGUCAUUGAUAUAAAAUACAUGGUUACUGUCUUGAAAUAUAUGAAUUAAGCUAUAUUUAGGCGGGUUAAGAAAACGUGACAGAGGUUUAGGCCUGCUGAACCCUCUUCACGUUUUCGACCCGAGCUUAUACUUCGAGACAGUUAUGUUUAUUUCACAAUAUAACAUUAAUUUUACGCAUUAAACGGGCCAUUUUCAACAAAUUUCGCUGAAUAUCUGCAGUUGAAACUAUCACGCCAUGGCGUCAACCAAGCAAAAAGAUGACGUCACAAUACAAAUGAAACGCUGCGCGAAAGCGUGCGUACUUGUUCUGUACUCGGCCUCGUUAAGUAGUUUUUGUUGUUGAUGAAAUUAUAGCUAGGGUAGAUUUAAGAAACAACAAUAUUAAAUUUAUGCAUUUUUCAAAAACAAUAUUUAUCAAAUAUGUAUUAUUUUACAGGUGUUUUUUUUUUUUUUUACUAUUAACGGUAUAAAGAUGCAUGCAAUCUUGAUUGUCUAUUUAAAAGUAUUUUUGAAAAAUAAUUCACGAUGUGUGGUCUAUUGUCACCUUAUUAUACUUAUUUCAGGAACACGCAUUUGUUUUAAGGAUUUUCUUUGAUCUAAUGGUGUCUGUCAGGUCACUGAAUUAUAAGUACACAGUAAAAUUAUAUAUCUGUCUAAAACUUAUAAUGAAGAUAAAUUCACCGAAAAAAGAAGAAAAAAAAAUGAAUUUUGUAAACUUUUGAUAGAUUUUUGAAAAUAAUAAAACCCCUAUAAAUCUAUCAGUUAUUUACCAUAAAUUUAAGCCACAUCCUCUAUCUAGGAAACACAUCUAUUCAAUCAUUUUAAAUUUUUAUUCGGCAAUAAAAUUUACUGAUCAAGAUAUUUAAAUUUAUAAUGUUGAAAUGACAAUCAAAUUGUGAUUACAUGCCCAGGUAUAUUAAUACACUUUUACUUGUCAAUGUUUGUCCUCCUAUAGCAUAUAGAAUUUCAUUGUUAUGCAUGCUGAGCAAUUAGCAAAUCUCUUAAUGUAAAUGACCCACAUUGCUACUAUUACACUAGAUAGUAGACGAAACUGUUAGAUUAGUCAGACAGACACUUUUUAAUGAGUACCUACACAAUGUAGAAAUGACUGCACAAUUUAUCCUUGCCAUUAAACAAAUUGUUCUGAUUGUACAGUUGUAUGUCUUUUGCUUUACCUUUUCUAAAGAAAUGCAAUAUUGUAAAGAGAAAUAUUUGUUGAAUUGGAUGAGAGGUCAGGGUUUUGGUAUGGUUUUGUUUAAGAGAGUGAAUAAAAAUUGUACAUUUUGUUAUCGCAUACUUUGUAUCUAUCUUGAAUAAAUAUUGAAACAGAU